UCGGAAGUGCCCGAUCCUCCGGUCCAGGGCGCGGGGUCAGUGUCCGUUCGCGACGGCGGCGGGCCUCCGUGCGACGUCUCAGGAGGCGGCAGAAUCCCGAGCCUUGGACCAUGGCUGUGGCCCCAAACCCUCAGGUUCCCAUUCCACAGGAGGAGGAUGGGCUUCUGAUUGUGAAGAUCGAGGAGGAGGAAGGGAACCCAUGGGAGCCGCAGCCCCUCACGCAGAGGACUGGAGAGACCCCUGAGCUGGUGGACCACCACCAGCGUUUCCGCACUUUCCGCUACCAGGAGGCAGCAGGGCCCCGUGAGGUGCUGAGCCGGCUCCGCGAGCUCUGCCACCAAUGGCUGAGGCCAGAAAUACGCACUAAGGAGCAGAUUGUGGAGCUGCUCAUUCUAGAGCAGUUCCUGAGCAUCUUACCCCCGGAGACCAGGCCCUGGGUGGAGGCCCAAUGUCCUGGGAGUGGGGAGGAGGCUGUGGCCUUGGUGGAGGACUUGGCCCACAUGUUUCCGCACAGUGCUCUGCUUUCAGCCCAGGUUCCCGCCCACCCUGCAGAUGUGGGGAGCCUCAGAGACCAGGAAGCCAAGCUCUCUGACAAAUGCCAGCCCUGUAGAAGAUCCUGUAAGGAGUCUGGCCCUCUCAUAGGAAGCAGAAUUGGCAAACUGUUUUUCAGAGAGUUGAAGGAAAAGCCCCAGCCCACCCCCCAUCCUGUUUGGUGCAAGACUUUUCAAAAGGUUUGCUGCAUUCUGAAGUGUGACUUUCAACUCCCACAGGAAGGUCGUAGGAAAUUAAAACUGGGUAGAAAUGUACUUAAGGCCAUCUGUAGGCCUGUUAUGACCUUCUGUUUAAGAGACUUCUCCCAAGCCCCUCAGAACUUGAGAUCAAUAAAUGCUUGUCUCCCCAUUUUGCAGCGGGUCAGAGAUGGGGCAGCCCUGGGCAAAGGGAGGGGAAAGAACUAUUCAGUUGAGCUCCUAAGAGAUGUUGACAUGGACCAGGCCUCCCUGCGGGCCAAAAGGUCCCUGAGUGAGAUCGACAGCCGGAGGACCAAGAGAGACCGCAAAGCCAUUAAUUUACACAUCAAGCUGGAAGUGCUGCGCCGCUUUGCAGCCGGUGAAAAGCUCAGCCGCAUUGCCAAGGCCCUGGGGCUCUCCACAUCCACCGUGGCCACCAUUCGAGACAACCGGGAAAAGAUCCGGGCCAGCUCUCUGGCAGCCACACCGCAGGUGGCCACCAAGCUAACCAGGAGCCGGAGCCUGGUGAUGGAGAACAUGGAGCGGCUACUGAGCGUCUGGAUCGAGGACCAGAACCAACGCGGGGUGCCAGUCAACGUCUCCACCAUCCAGGACAAGGCCAAGAGCCUAUUCCAGGACCUGAAGCGGGAGCAGGGCCAAAGUGCUGAGGCCGAGACCUUCGGAGCCAGCCGCGGCUGGUUUACCAGGUUCAAAGCCCGCCACAGCCUGCCCAACCUGGGCACUAGCAGCGAAACAGUCAGCACAGAUCCAGAAGCUGCGGCCAAGUACCCCGAGGCGCUGAGGAAGGUCAUCCAGGAGGGAGGCUACACACCCCAGCAGGUGUUCAAUGUGGACGAGAUGGGGCUCUUCUGGAAGCGCCUGCCCGACAGGACCUUCAUCUCGGUGGAGGAGAAAACCGCAUCCGGCUUUAAGGCAGCCAGGGACCUUCUGACUCUCCUCCUGGGGGGCAAUGCCGCAGGCGACUUCAAGCUCAAGCCGCUGCUGGUCUACCAUUCGGAGAGCCCCCGCGCCCUCAAGGGUUUCUCCAAGCCCAACCUGCCGGUGAUCUGGCGCUCCCACAAAAAGGCCUGGGUGACCAUGAGCCUCUUCCAGGAGUGGUUCGUGCACUUUUUUUGCCCGGCCGUGGAGAAAUACUGCGCCCAGAACAACCUCCCCAACAAGGCGCUGCUGAUCCUGGACAGCGCCCCGGGCCACCCGGGAAACCUAGACGACCUGUCCGACAACGUGCGAGUGGAGUACCUCCCCAAGAACACCACGUCCCUGAUCCAGCCCAUGAACCAAGGCGUGAUCGCCACCUUCAAGGCUUGCUACCUGCGGAGGGUCUUCCAUCUGCUGCAGCAGAGAGCCCACAGGGACGACAAGGGCACGAUCCGGGAGUUCUGGCGGAACUACAACAUCCUCAAUGCCGUGUACAACAUCUCCGAGUCGUGGGAGGAGCUCGCCGAGUCCACCCUGAACUCGGGCUGGAAGAAGCUCUGGCCCGAGUGCGUGUCGGACGAGGGCGAGUCUCUGCCCGCCGAGGCCAUCGCGCAGAUCGAGCAGGACAUCGUGAACCUGGCGCACGAGCUGGGCUUCCGGGACGUGGUGGAGGCCGACGUGGUGCAGCUGCUGCAGAGCCACGGCGCCGACCUGUCCAAUGAGGAGCUGAUGCAGCUGGAGCAGGAGCGCGCCGCCGGCGAGGAGAGCGAGGACGCCCCGCCCGCUCCCCGCCAGCUGACCGCCAAGCGCCUGGCCAAGGCGCUCUCGCACUUCGACGCCGGCCUCCAGAUCCUCACCGACAACGACCCCAACCUGGAGCGCAGCCUGAGGGUGUCCCGAGGCGUCCACAACCUCAUCAGCUGCUACCGGGACAUGUACCUGGAGAAGAAGGAGGGCUGCAAGUAGGGGGCCGCCCCCUCCCGCCGCAGCCGCCGUGGAGACUCGGGCCCAGCGCUCAGUUUACUUUGAAAAAUACAUGCUUUUUGAAAGUUU